AUGAAAGAUUUACCUGAUUUUGAUCUUGAUUGGAGUUAUUGGGAUUCUGAUUAUGCUACGUAUUUUAAGACUAAAUAUGGGUGUAGUAGAGUUAGCAGUAGAGAUGAUAGUGAUUGUAGGAUGAAUGAUGGUGGCAGUGGAAGUAGUGAUGGUGAAUGUGAUGUUGGUGGUGAUGGUGAGAAUGGGGAGGAGGAUGAAGAGGGGCAAAUGGACAUUCAUUUGAAGAUGUUUUUGGAGAGUAUAGAGGCGGAUGGGGUUUCGUAUGUACUGAAACGUGAUGGGAGGCCGGAUUUGAGGUUUGAAGGAAUGGAUGAAGACGGUGAUCUGGUGGAGUUGAGUAGUAAUUGUGGGAGUGAGGAGAGGGGACGGGGGGAGGGUUUGGAUGUGAGGGGUGGAGGUGGAAGGGGGAAGGGGGUUUUGAAGGGGGAUGAUGUGGGGAACUCGGGGAAUGGGAAGACGGAAAGGGGAGGGAAGGAGAAAAAGUAUAGGCCAGUUGAAAAAGUGGACUUGACGCAGGUGAAAAGGAGAGGGAAGAAAGUGGAUAAGCAGCCGAUUUUUGACGAAAAUGAGAGUGAUACUUCAGCGGAAGAAGUGGAUGUUAGACUAGAGGGUACACGAGCCUCAAGGAAAGUUGAGGAGAUUGGGAAGUUGAAAAGAAAAGCAAAGAAUGUGGAAGAGCAGAAAAGUUUUGUGGAGAAUAAAAGAUAUCGGCAAAAUGUCAAUGGUAAUGGAAAGUCAAAAAGAAGAGCAGAAAAUGUCGAGGAUGUCGAAAGGGAAAUGGAUUUUAUGGAGAACGAAAGAGAUAGUUCAGCGUUAGGUAAUGUCAAGAGGUGUCUAAGUGAAAAGUUCAAGGGGAAGUAUGUUGAACCUGACUAUAGGAGGUUUUUCGAGCUGUGUGAAUUGGAAGGAGCUGAUCGUUUGGUUCUUGUUGCUGCUAAUGGGAAGAGAGUGGUAUAUGGGAAAGAUGAUAGCACAAGCCUUUCUGAUUCUGAAGUAUAUGUGUUGGACCAUGCUCCGGAUUGUAUAGAGUCGACCUAUGCUCCUACCUUGAAUUUCAAUGCACAUAUGGAGGAUGGUGAUUUGCAAUGCUUAGGAAGCUGCAAUCCGGCUGAAAAUCCCCUAUUCAGGAAGGCGGUAAUCGAUAUACUUCGAAAACCAUUUAACAAUAAGGAGUUAGAGAGGCUUCAGUAUGAUGUAAAACAACGAAAACGAAUAACACGUCAUGUCGAUAUGCGCAGCGGGAACACAUCAUUUCAGCAACCUAAAAAGGGAAAAUCUUAUCUUGAUCACUAUGCCGAUCUUAAGCAACAGUUAUAUGCCUUCAGAGAGAAUCGUCCCAAAAGUUUGAAUAUUUUGCGCGGGUUCUUUUUUUACUUGCAGAGAAUGGCAGACGAAGGAAAAUUCAAACCUUGGUUGGACGAGGCAUGUUUGGAGAUAAAUCCACCCGGCUAGAAUAUUAGUAUCCAGUGCUAUUCUUAUCAACUCUGGGUAAUGGAGGAGCAUUAUCAUUUUACUGAAGCUUUUGCUAUGAACACUGCUAUGAUUAUGGAAGUAUCAAACAGAUGCAAAAUCGCAGCCCCUCAUAGGAUUCUGGUAUCCACUAUGAAUCUAUUUUGGUGGUGCUUAUCUCGACUGAAUAUGCUGUUUCCCUUUAAAGAUUACUAUGCCUGGGAUUAUAUUAAACCCGUUUUGCAAUGCCAAAUAUUAUUCUCUAUCUAAA